GCCGUGCUGGCCUGCCUCAGCCUGGCCUGCUCCUACGUGGGCAGCCUCUACGUCUGGGGCAGCCCACUGCCGCGGGACCACCCGUCUGUCAUCAAGCGCCGCUUCACCAGCGUCCUGGUAGUGUCGGGGCUCUCCCCGGCCUUCGUCUGGCUCUGGAAGGAGCUGACGGGCAUCAAGCCGGACACCCCGCUGCCAGCGCUGCUGGGGUUGCGGCUGGAGGGGCUGGUGCCGGCCACGCUGCUGCCGCUGCUGCUCACCAUGGUCCUCUUCCUGGGGCCCCUCAUCCAGCUCUCCAUGGACUGCCCCUGGCGCUGGCUUGACGGCAUCAGGGGGGCUUUGGACCCCCGGCUCUGGGCGCUGUGCCUGGGCGACGUGCGCUGGCUGCGGAACCAGGUGGUGGCCCCGCUCACCGAGGAGCUCGUCUUCCGCGCCUGCAUGCUGCCCAUGCUGGUGCCCUGUACCGGCCCUGGCCCCGCCGUCCUCACCUGCCCCCUCUUCUUCGGCGUGGCCCAUUUCCACCAUGUCAUCGAGCAGCUCCGCUUCCGCCAGGGCUCUGUUGGCAGCAUCUUCAUGUCGGCAGGCCACCUGGCGGGCCCGGUGCUGUGCCACUCCUUCUGCAACUCCAUGGGCUUCCCGGCCGUGGGGGCGGCCCUGGAGCACCCCCGGCGCCGGGCCCUGCUCCCCUGCUACCUGCUGGGGGUGCUGCUCUUCCUGCUGCUGCUGCACCCCCUCACCGAGCCCUCCUUCUUCGGCGGGGGGGGCCCGGCCUGCGCCCCCCACCCGGGCGCCCCCCACGCCUGCUCCUGA